CGUUCCCGAUACUCUGUCGAGCUGCUGGUUUGCUUGCACUGGGAAACAAUUUUCAUUCAAGCAUUUCAACAAACAUCUUGUAAGCACUUCAUGGCGGAGGAAAGCCAAGCGAUGAUCUCCCUCAAAGACAUAGUACCGGCAGCUCAGAACAACGUCAACACAAUGUUUAUACUACUGGACAAAAGUAGGAUCAAAACAGACGGACAGAACAAGUCGUGCUUGACGCUGGUGGCUGACCAGACAGCUGCCGUUCACCUGCAAUUGUGGGGCGACCAGUGCGAUGCUUUCGAGCCCGGCGACAUUCUUCGCUUGCAGAAUGGGAUUUUUUCUCACCAAAGGAACAAGUGGGUGCUGAGGACAGGGAAGAGAGGGAUGAUCGAGAAAGUGGGAGAGUUCACCAUGGCAUUUGUGGAGACGCCUAACAUGAGUGAGAUUAAAUGGAUUCCUGAUCCUAACAAUUCAAAGAAGUAUGUUCAGGAAUCGGUAAUUUCUCCUCAUUCCCGUAUUUUCCCACCGAUUCCAUAGUUGUUUUUGCCUCUCUUUUUGCAAAUAUAUGAUCUAAGAUGUUCUUUGCAUAUUUAGGGUAUGAAAUAAUUACAAUGUCAUUUA